CCUCUUUAUUUAUAUUCAGCCGUUUCUCCUUUCCAUCUUUCCUUCACUCACAGAGCCUCUAAACCCUAAUCAUCUAAUGGCGUACGCUGCGAUGAAGCCCACGAAGCCGGGUUUAGAGGAGCCCCAGGAGCAGAUCCAUAAGAUUAGAAUCACCCUUUCUUCUAAGCACGUCAAAAAUCUCGAGAAGGUUUGUACGGAUUUGGUUCGUGGUGCUAAGGACAAGCGCCUCAGGGUCAAGGGACCUGUUAGGAUGCCCACUAAAGUUCUUCUCAUCACUACCAGGAAAUCCCCUUGUGGUGAAGGUACCAACACAUGGGACAGAUUUGAACUCCGUGUGCACAAGAGAGUCAUUGACCUCUACAGUUCACCAGAUGUUGUUAAGCAGAUUACCUCGAUCACAAUUGAACCUGGUGUGGAGGUUGAGGUGACCAUUGCAGAUGCUUGAUCUUGAUCCAAAAUUUAACUUUGUUAUGCUUCCUACUUACUUUUUUCUUAAUUUGUAAGUUUUGGUUGCGGCACUGAGUUGGCUUGUUUUCUCUAGUUUUACGGUUGUGGACCAAUAUGCAUUGCUUGAGAAAUGUCAUGCGUAAUAUGUUCUAGAAUCUUACAUUUUGAAUAUUGGUUUUGAUAUUAUAUCACAAAUUGUUAUGUACUCAGCUUAAAUGAUAUAUUCCGUUUUUCUUGUCCUGCA